CAUUUGACAGCUGUUCAAUGUAAACAUGUGCGACGCCACGGACAAACCGAUUUCGGAAGAAGCCACUUUAGAGGACACCGACGUUAAGCGACCAAAAUUUGGUAAUCGUUUUCUAACUAAAGAAGAUGAUGUCUUUACGCACAAUGCUUGGUAAAUAUCGAAAACAAGUGGGUUUUAUUAUAAACAUCUCUCAAAAAGCUGGUGUCUUACAUAGAAAUCGUUCUCAAAUAAAAGACUGGGAAUUUACGCGUCAUCGUAAGAAACCAGCAGGAGGAGGUCGUGUCUUAACAAAUACCCAAGACUUGUAUAAUUUUAAUGCAUGGGAUAAUGUUGAAUGGGAUGAGGAGCAGGAACAACAAGCCUUACAGGCGGUAGCUAAAAAUUCCACUGUCAAAAUGCCCGAAACAGAUAAAGUGAAAUUUAAAAGCGAAGCCGAUAGAUUUUGGGAUUCAUUUUAUGGUGUGCACCAAAAUAGAUUCUUCAAAGAUCGCCAUUGGCUAUUUACAGAAUUCCCCGAGCUGGCUCCAAAACAGGAUACGCCCGAACCUAGAAGUAUAUUUGAACUGGGCUGUGGUGUGGGCAAUACUAUAUUGCCAAUUUUGAAAUACAGUCAAGAACCCGAACUAAAAGUAUAUGGCUGUGAUUUUUCCGCCACAGCUAUAGAUAUCUUUAAAGCUGAUCCUCUCUACGAUGCCAAACGUUGUGAGGUCUUUGUUAUGGAUGCUACUUUAGAUGAAUGGCAGGUUCCCUUUGAAUUGGAAUCCCAAAAUAUAAUUGUUUUGAUCUUUGUUUUAUCGGCCAUAGAGCCGCAAAAAAUGCAACGUGUGGCAGAAAAUUGUUAUCGUUAUUUAAAGCCCGGUGGUCUGUUGUUAUUUCGUGAUUAUGGUCGUUAUGAUUUGGCUCAGUUACGCUUUAAAAGUGGCAAGUGUUUAGAGGAUAAUCUGUAUGUACGUGGUGACGGCACUAUGGUGUAUUUCUUUACCCAGGAAGAAGUGCGGAAUUUGUUUACAAAAGCCGGUUUUGUGGAGGAACAAAAUGUAAUUGACAGACGUUUGCAAGUGAAUCGAGGACGUAUGCUGAAAAUGUAUCGGGUGUGGAUACAGACAAAAUAUAGGAAACCGUUCGAGGAAAAUAAGUAAGAUUUUGGAAAGUCAUCAAUGAAAAAAUUAUAAAAUGUCCACAAAUAUAUUGUAUUUAGAAAAUUUAAUAAACUAUGACAACUUUUACUUUUGCU